AUGGCUUCCGAUUCUUCUCCUCUGAAUUUCAACAAUGGUCCUUCAUCCCCCGACGACUCCCUUUCCAGCCCCAUCGGGAACACCUUCUCGUCGCCGGGAAGUAGGCGUCGUCGCCGCUCCUCCACCCCCUCUGCAUUCGCCACUCCGACGGAGCGCCGCUCCCGAUUCGCCUCCUCCGAAGCCACCCCAACCGCGCCGCGCUCCCGCCAGAACGGCAGCGGUGGACGCGUUCCCGUCACGCCAACCUCCACCACCGAUGACUUGCCGGCCUCGUCCGACGGUGGCGAUGGCUACGACAUGGACGACGCCAGACCCACCUUCGUGUGGGGCACCAACAUAAGCGUGGAAGACGUGAACGACGCGAUUCACAGGUUUUUGAGGGACUUCAGAGAAGCUCCUUCAUCGCAGGGUGACGACGACGGGUUGCACUUGCACGCUGAAGGGAAGUAUGAGAAAUUGAUCAGACAGGUUAUUGAAGUUGAAGGAGAUUCUCUUGACGUUAAUGCGCGCGACGUGUUUGAUCAUGACCCUGAUUUGUAUACCAAGAUGGUUAGAUACCCUCUUGAGGUGCUUGCGAUCUUUGACUUGGUUUUGAUGAAUAUGGUUAGCCGAUUGAAGCCCAUGUUUGAGAAGCACAUUCAGACUCGGAUUUUCAAUCUCAAAAGCUCAACGUCAAUGAGAAAUUUGAACCCUUCUGAUAUUGAGAGAAUGGUGUCACUGAAGGGAAUGAUUAUAAGGUGUAGUUCAAUUAUACCGGAAAUUAGGGAAGCUAUAUUUAGGUGUCUUGUGUGUGGAUUUUGCUCUGACCCAGUUCCGGUGGAGAGAGGACGAAUAACGGAGCCCACUAUAUGUCUGAGAGAAGAGUGUCAAUCCAGGAACUCCAUGACACUCGUUCACAAUCGAUGCAGGUUUACUGAUAAGCAAAUUGUGAGGCUCCAGGAGACACCUGAUGAGAUACCUGAAGGAGGAACACCUCACACGGUAAGCUUGCUGAUGCAUGAUAAGCUGGUGGAUACUGGAAAGCCAGGUGACAGAGUAGAGGUGACUGGUAUUUACAGGGCUAUGAGUGUUAGGGUUGGACCAACUCAGAGAACUGUUAAGUCAUUGUUCAAGACAUAUAUUGAUUGUCUUCACAUAAAGAAGACCGAUAAGUCCAGAAUGCAGAUAGAGGACGCUAUGGAUAUUGAUAGUGGCCCGGGAAGAAAUGAAGAGGGAGUUAUCUUUGAAGAAGAAAAAGUGGCUCGUCUGAAGGAGAUCUCGAAACGGCCAGAUAUAUAUGAAGUACUGACAAAGUCGUUGGCACCAAACAUCUGGGAGCUAGAUGAUGUAAAGAAAGGUCUUCUUUGUCAGCUUUUUGGUGGCAAUGCUUUGAAAUUAGCUUCUGGUGCCAGCUUCCGUGGUGAUAUAAAUAUUCUUCUUGUUGGUGAUCCUGGGACAAGCAAGUCCCAGCUACUUCAAUAUAUACACAAACUAUCUCCACGUGGCAUUUACACCAGUGGAAGGGGAAGUUCUGCAGUUGGAUUGACCGCAUAUGUAGCCAAGGACCCUGAGACGGGAGAAACUGUUCUUGAGAGUGGUGCCCUUGUUUUGAGUGACCGAGGUAUCUGUUGUAUUGAUGAAUUUGACAAAAUGUCUGACAAUGCAAGGAGCAUGUUACACGAGGUUAUGGAACAACAAACCGUUUCAAUUGCAAAGGCAGGUAUAAUUGCUUCCCUCAAUGCUAGGACUUCGGUGUUGGCUUGUGCAAAUCCAAGUGGGUCAAGAUAUAAUCCUCGCUUGUCUGUCAUUGACAACAUACACCUUCCUCCCACACUUCUGUCCAGGUUUGAUUUAAUCUACUUGAUCCUUGACAAGGCUGAUGAACAGACUGACAGGCGCCUUGCCAAACAUAUCGUGUCCCUACACUUUGAGAAUCCCGAGAAUAUGCAGCAGGAUGUGUUGGAUCUUUCUACAUUAACGGAUUAUGUUAGCUAUGCCCGAAAGCACAUACACCCCCAGCUUUCUGAUGAAGCUGCUGAAGAAUUGACCAGAGGUUACGUGGAAAUAAGAAAAAGAGGAAAUUUUCCAGGGAGUAGCAAAAAGGUGAUAACAGCAACGCCAAGGCAGAUUGAGAGUCUGAUUCGCCUAAGUGAAGCAUUGGCUCGGAUUCGCUUUUCAGAAUGGGUAGAAAAGCAUGAUGUAACGGAGGCAUUCCGGCUUUUGGAAGUUGCAAUGCAGCAGUCUGCAACAGAUCACUCUACUGGAACCAUUGAUAUGGAUCUUAUUACUACUGGAGUGUCGGCAAGUGAGAGGAUGAGACGAGAAAGUAUAAUACAAGCAGCACGCAACUUAAUCAUGGAGAAGAUGCAGAUUGGGGGACCUUCGAUGCGGUUAUUGGAGAUAUUGGAAGAAUUGAAGAAACAAGAUACUGGUAGCGAAAUUCAUCUCAAUGAUGUAAGAAAUGCAAUAGCUACCUUGGCUACCGAAGGAUUUGUUACCAUGCAGGGUGACAGCGUAAAAAGAUCUUAA